GGAUGCUCAAAUAUAUUGAUCUGAACUUGUGCUUAAAAGGCGUCUCUCGAAUUUUAGGGUAGCAGAGAAUUCUUCAUCAGAGUAAUCAGUUGUUCAAUUCAGAUAUUACUGCACGCAAGAUCACAUAAAAAAAGCUUCAGAGGUCCUAAAACAAAAUUGAGCCAUGCUUAUUGCUUUGAACUUAAUCUUGGUCAUGGUGGAGCUUUUCCACUUGAUUCCAAAUUCCAGAUCUGCGGUGUUACAUAGACGAAUGGAAUGGGGGGGAAUGGCACAAUCUUAUGGCCAUAGUGGGGGGUAUGUGCGUUUAGAAACCAAUGAUGGCAAAAAUGAAGCAUAUGUCAGAAGAGAAGAGCUACCCAUCUUGGCGGCAGCUCAAGCCGCGGCUAUAGAAGCUAGAGAAGAGGAGGAUGCAAUGAAGCCAAGGAUUCCAUAUCUAGGACCCAAAACGGUCGCUGAAUCGCAGAAUGGGGAAAGCGUUUGGGAAAAAGUCAAAAAAGUCUACAAUCGCCCAGAGAUUAAAGCGGCGAAUUUUUUGAAUUUGAUGGUUUUUGUCGAUCAUAUUCUUUUUAAUAGUGCAAUGCUAAAGUGGAUUAACCGGUUUUGGUGAUCAAUCACAAUUAUUGUCAGCUAAGCUAUACAUGUCUGUUCUUUAUAAGGGUCACCAGAUCCCCACAAAACCCUACCUUUUCAUGCAUGCAAACAACCAUGAAAAUAAGUGAUUCCGGG